CGCGCACCACGCGCUGAGAGAAUGGACGCCUUCGAGUUGUUUCGGAAACUUGGGGCCGGAGCUAAAUUUGAUUUAAAGAGGUUCGGUCAAGACGCCGCUCGUUUCAAGGUUUCUAAAUCUCAGGUGAACGAGCCGUCCUCGGACUCUCUCUCUGCGAUCGAUUACUUUGGCACAAGUUCAGCGAAUGGAGCCCAGAGCUGGACCCGAGCAGAGGAGGAGGAGGAGGAGGAGGAGGAGGAGGAGGAGGAGGAGGAAGAUGGGGGCAGCGACAGUGGAGAUUCUGCCACAGAAAGCAAGAGGAAGCGCAAAGGAGAGGAGAGAGACUCCAGGAAAAAGAAGAAAAAGAUGAAAACUGGCGUCGGACCAGCAAAGGAGACACCGGGAACUGGCAUCACCUGGACCUCUGCACUCGACCAGAAAAUACAGACCCAGCAAGGUGACGACAAAGACAAAUCUUCACUUAAGAGGCUGAAGCAUCUUCAUCAAGAAAAGGUGAAUCGUAUUCGUUCGAAACACCGAAUAAAUGUGCACGGCUGUGACAUACCCGAUCCAGUGUGCACGUUUGAGGAGCUGCAGUCUGAGUAUCGCCUGAGCUCUCGUGUCGUCGAGAACCUCAGAGCAGCGGGACUCGACUCCCCCACGCCCAUCCAGAUGCAGGCCAUCCCACUGAUGAUGCACGGUCGGGAACUUCUGGCUUGUGCUCCCACUGGAUCCGGAAAGACGUUGGCUUUCUGCCUCCCGCUGCUCGCACACUUGCAGCAGCCGGCUAACCUGGGCUUCAGAGCCGUUAUCAUCUCUCCAACCAGAGAGCUGGCGAGCCAGACCUACAGAGAGCUGCUCCGCCUGUCGGAGGGAGUCGGUUUCAGAGUUCACAUCAUUGACAAAGCUUCGCUGGCGGCCAAGAAAUAUGGACCAGAUUCCAACAAAAAAUAUGAUAUUCUCGUCAGUACUCCAAACAGACUCGUCUUCCUCCUCAAGCAGGAUCCUCCAGCUAUUGACCUCAGCCGUGUGGAGUGGCUUGUCGUGGACGAGUCUGAUAAGCUGUUCGAGGAUGGUAAGACGGGCUUCAGGGAGCAGCUGGCCACCAUUUUCCUGGCCUGCUCGAGUGCGAAAGUGCACAGGGCUUUCUUCAGCGCGACGUGCACUCCAGAUGUGGAGCAGUGGUGCCGCCUGAAUCUCGACAACCUGGUUUCUGUCAACAUUGGACACCGAAACACGGCGGUGGAAACGGUGGAGCAGCAGCUGCUGUUCGUUGGGAAUGAAAAUGGGAAGCUUGUGGCCAUGAGGGACAUUAUUAAAAAGGGUUUCCUGCCCCCCAUGCUCGUGUUCGUUCAGUCUAUAGAACGAGCGCGCGAGCUUUUCCACGAGUUGGUUUAUGAAGGCAUCAAUGUAGACGUGAUCCACGCAGACCGGACACAGCAGCAGAGAGACAACGUGGUGAACAGUUUCCGCUCCGGGAACAUCUGGGUGCUGAUCUGCACGGCUCUGCUGGCCAGAGGAAUCGACUUCAAAGGCGUGAACCUGGUGUUGAACUAUGACUUCCCAACAAGUGCCGUGGAGUACAUUCACCGAAUCGGUCGCACUGGCAGAGCUGGACACCAGGGGAAGGCCAUCACCUUCUUCACAGAGAACGACAAACCACUGCUGCGCAGCAUUGCAAAUGUUAUCAAACAAGCCGGUUGUCCUAUACCUGAGUACAUGAUUGGCUUCAAGAAGAUACACAGCAAAGUGAAACGGAGACUUGAAAAGAAACCUCCCAAGAGAAGCACCAUUUGCACAACUCCUCGCUUCUUAAUGAAGAAGAAGAAUAAAGGCAAAGCACAGAAAAAAACGCAGAAGCAGACGUCACACCCCGAGCAGAAAGAAGAAAACAAAGCACAAAAGGCAAACCAGCAGCAGAAGGUGAAAAAGAAGACAAAGGCUCAGGAGCCGAAGAAGAAACAAGCUGCAGAGAAACACAAAGUUGGUCAGAAGAAGAGGUCAAAUUCUUCAGGAGCCACGUUCAAAAAGAAAACUGUGAAGAAGAAAAAGACAAAGACGGACUAAAAGACAGAGGAAUGAACAGAGGCUGAAUACAAGAUAUCUCAGUGAUCUUUUUUCUUUUCAUUUUCAUACUUGCUUUGUAUUUUCAGGCUGUAAAAUAAAGAGUUUUAU